GCCCGGAGAGAGAGGAGAGGAAGGGGUAAAAACGAGAGAGAGAAUCCGUCGAGUCGCGGCGGGGGAGAAUGUCUGGCUGGUCCGGUCGCUGUACCCGCGCAUGGUGGAUGCGAAGCCAAGCCGCCUGAGGCCGAUGAAGAGGGGAAGGGUGCGUCGAGAAAAGUCUCGGCUUUUAGCUUUAGGCGCCCACACCAAUGCCACACUGCUCUGCUCUCCGAGUAACUUAUUGCAAGCAGUGACCCCCGUUGAGCGAGCCAGCUUUGGAUAAUUCUUGACCCUGUCGUUUUGGUUUGAAGCUUUCUGGAGGGAGCACACGGCUCGGUAUUCAGUGAGCUGAGAGUGCAGCGAGAGCAAAAGGGGAAGUUGAGGUUGAGAUUUCUCUCGCGAAGAUCACGCUUGCAGAGUGUGCUCCGUGCUGUGGCGAGCCCCGCUAUUCUCGCUUGAUUUCUUGGUGGUGGGAGGCGACAGGGGCGUGAGCCGCCUGCUUGGGAGGUGAAAGCAGGAGGCGUUUCUUCGCUGUUGUCUUUGUGCUGGUUCUUUUCGUCAGGUUGAAGGUAUGCAAGUUCCUCGCUUGUGGUACCGUUUGCAACUCGUGUUCUUCUUUGAUUUCCAUGGAGGAAAAGUGCAAGGUAUGAGUGAGGUGGCGAGAAGCGAGCAGAAAUUGGCAUCUUCAGCCUCCUUUGAUCCUGAGCAUUGAUCAUUUUUUCCCCUAUCUCGCCCAAGGAAUUUUGCUUGUUUUCCUAGCAAGUUUGGUUCUUGUAUCAUGGAGCAACCAGUUAGGAUGAAGAGCAAGAACCCUACCAAAACCCCGCCGCUCCUGGUCACCCUUCUCCUCCUGCUCGCCUUCCUCGCCCUGUGCACGCCCGCUUCCUCCCAGCCGCUCCACUCGGAGCCCAUGGCCACCCAGUCGCCGCCGCCCUCACCCACGCCACCGCAGUCCACGAUUCCCCGCGCGCAGGCCGGCGGCGCCGCGCGCCUCCGACGCAUCGCGCUCGGGGUCCUCUUCGGCUCCCUCUCCGGCUUCCUCCUUGCGCUCGCCUUCCUCUACGCCAUCCGCGUCGCUAUCCUCCACGCCAAGAGCGCACCCGCGAUCGUCAAGGGCCCUGUCUCCUUCACCCCGCAAAUCUCCCCCAAGAACCUCCUGGCCGCGCUCCCAUCCGCGCAGCCGCUCGCCCAUGGCCCCCAUGGCAAGUAUUACAAGCUGGCCCUAGACAACGACCUCACUGUCGCCGUCAAGCGGCUCGAGGCGGCCAACCGCCCGGAGGCCUCGCCAUCAAUGUCCCCGAGCACAUCCAAGUCUGAUAUGAGGAGGGUGCAGAGGCAGCUUGAGGCCCUUGCCCGGGUGAGGCACCAGAAUGUGAUGACCUUGAAGGCAUAUGUUCGCGAGGCUGACCGCCUUUCGCUCGUGUACGACUUCAUUCCUGGGGGCAGCCUCGAGGAUGUGAUGAAGAGGGUGAGAUCGCAGCAGGUCAGCCUCAAUUGGGAUGCCAGGAGCAGGAUUGUUGUUGGGAUUGCCAAGGGAUUGACGCACUUGCAUUUUGAGUACAGUCCAAGGAUACUACAUUGCAACCUCAAACCAUCAAAUGUGUUGCUGGAUGAAGGCUUUGAACCAAUAUUGACAGAUUGUGGUGUUGCAAGGCUGAUUGCAGCAGGUUCAGGUGAUCCAGAAUUAUGCAGUGGCCUCUAUGCAGCUCCGGAGUGCUACCAGAGCAGCAGGUACACAGAUAAGAGCGAUGUGUAUGCCCUUGGCAUGAUCCUGGGCAUGCUGCUCACCGGGAGAGACCCAACAGAUCCUUUCUUCUUGGGAGAAGCUGGGCGGGGUGGUCUUGCCAGAUGGCUCCGGCAUAUGCAGCAAUCUGGGGAUCCAAAAGAAGCACUGGAUAGUAGCAUCUUAGGAGAUGAGGGUGAAGAAGAGGAGAUGCUUAUGGCUAUUAGGGUUGCCAUUGUCUGCCUCUCAGAUUCGCCAGUUGAUCGGCCAUCCAGCGAUGAGCUCGUCGCCAUGCUAACACAGCUCCACAGCUUAUAAUCAUCACCAAUCAUUUCUCGAGCGCUGCAUAUGUUCUUCUUCCAUCAUGGCACGGCGAUGAAUCGUGCUGGAUCAACCGACUCUUGCACAAGUGAGUGUGUAGUGGCUUUCAGUGUCUUGGGCUGGAGUGUCCAAACCAGAUGGUCCACCAGGGAAGCAACAGUUUCAGAAUCAGAAACAAGCAGCAGCUCCCUGUGAUUCAAAAUGCAGCUAUAUGCUGGUGGUCGAGCUUCUUGGGUUGUUCAAGUUCUGCCCAUGAUUUGUGAAUGUCUUCGUAGAAAGCUGUGGCAUGGAUCUGUUGCUGUAAGCUGUAGAAAGAUGUUAGGAUGUUGUGCUGCGCACUGAGACCCAUCAUGUACACAGUACACCGGCUUCACCAUUCUGCCUGUGACUAUGAUGCCUGGUAUUUAACAGGCUGUUGGGCCCAACUGUUUCCACGGCAUUUGACUGCAUCUCACAGGUUUGUAAGGAGUAGAGCACUGCUGUGCUCAUGAACUGCUGGCCACUCACUGUGCUUGCCUCCAUGUGCAACUUGUUCAUGUAGACUGUGAUAGACUCUUUGACUCUGUCUGACACUGGAAAUUAAUAAGAAUCCUAUGUGAGGCCGGCCCGGACCACUGG